CUACAGAUGGAGCACCAACAGAUCCUAAUGGAAAUGUUGAUAUACAAAGUUUAGAAAGUUUAAUGCGUAAUGAACGUCAAGCAAAUACAACAUACGUUACAUUUCUUGCUUGUACAGAUGAUGAUUCAAGUGUAGCUUAUUUAUCACAAUGGGAUCGUAACAUGCAGAAUGUUGAUGUUGUCGAUGAUUAUAAAAGUGAACGAGAAGAAAUACGUCGUAAUCGUGGAGCAAAUUAUCCAUUUUCAUUUGGAGAUUAUGUCGCAAAAGCUUUACUUGGUUCUGUUGAUACACAAAUGGAUCAACUUGAUGAAGGAGCAUAUAAUAAUAACAACAACAAUAAUUUUCGACGAUUUUAA